GUUACAAUUUGGUGUUUUCUUGGAUCUUUGCCUUGUUUAGAAGGAAAAAGAAGAGUCCAAAAAUAUGGACUGGAAUGGGAAUCUUAGAUCCUUUGUUUCUCGACCUGCUCCUCCCGAUAAUUCUUUCAAUUUCCUCUACAGCUACAAUUAUGACCAAUAUCCAGGUAUGGAAAUGAAGCAUGCAAUGCAAACACCACAUAGUGGAGUGCUCCCAACAAUGGACAAGUUGAACGACAACUUUGCAAUGAAUCAGUUGGAUAAGAAGAAAAGAUUGACAAGUGAUCAGUUAGAGUCACUUGAAAACAGUUUUCAAGAAGAGAUAAAACUUGACCCUGAAAGGAAAAUUAAACUAGCUAAAGAACUUGGGUUGCAGCCUCGUCAAAUUGCAGUUUGGUUUCAAAAUAGGAGAGCUAGAUGGAAGUCUAAGCAACUCGAACGCCUAUACGAUUCUCUUAAACAAGACUAUGAUUUAGUUUCUAGGGAAAAACAAAAGCUUCAAAAUGAGGUGUUGGCAUUAAGAGCAAUUUUGAAGGAACAAGCUACAAAGAAACAAGUUAAUUCCACAGUAUACACUGAAAUAUCAGGUGAAGAGACAGUGGAAAGCACAUCAAUGCCAAGUUCAAACAAGACAAGAGGAAUUAGUACAAGUAACCAUCAGAAUAAUAAUAUGGCUGAAUGUAGCUAUGUUUUCAACGUUAAUAAUGUAGAAGGGUUUAAUCCAGUGAUGCCACCAUAUUGGGUUUAAUUAGCACUAAUAAUUAGUGUUUCUUUUUACAGGCACUAACUAAUGUUCAAUUAGAAGAUUGUGAGUAGGGGUAGCUAGUAGCUAGUUGUUAUUUGUUCUUUAGUUGAGUUAAGUUGAUAACUUUGAUGCUAUAAUUAAGUUUAGUGGUAAGUGGUUCUUUUGAUUAGGACUGGACUCUCCUCAGUAUUAGUGUAAUUGUAAGGUAGUAUGUACUCUUAUUUGUUGUAUUGACAUUAAUG